GUACUGAUUGGUUUCUUUUCUUAACUCAACAGGCAUGCCCAAAGAAAAAUACGAGCCCCCUGACCCUCGGAAGAUGUACACAAUUAUGUCCACUGAGGAAGCAGCAAAUGGAAAGAAAUCACAUUGGGCAGAACUUGAAAUAAGUGGAAGAGUAAGAAGUUUAAGCUCAUCUUUGUGGUCACUAACUCACCUGACAGCUUUGCAUCUGAGUGACAAUUUCCUGUCCCGUAUUCCUUCAGACAUUGCCAAGCUUCACAAUCUGGUGUAUCUGGACCUGUCCUCAAACAAAAUCCGGAGUUUACCAGCAGAACUCGGAAACAUGGUAUCACUCAGGGAACUCCAUUUAAAUAACAACCUGUUACGAGUUCUACCUUUUGAGAUGGGGAAACUGUUUCAGUUGCAGACUUUAGGCCUAAAAGGAAAUCCACUUACCCUGGAUAUAUUGAACCUCUAUCAGGAACCAGAUGGAACAAAAAGGCUACUUAACUACUUGCUUGAUAAUUUGGCAGGUACUGCAAAAAGAAUUUCAACAGAACAACCACCUCCAAGAUCUUGGAUUAUGUUACAAGAACCAGACAGAACAAGACCAACUGCCUUGUUUUCUGUCAUGUGCUAUAAUGUUCUUUGUGAUAAAUAUGCGACCCGGCAGUUGUAUGGCUACUGUCCAUCAUGGGCACUAAAUUGGGAUUACAGGAAAAAGGCCAUUAUUCAAGAAAUCCUGAGCUGCAAUGCUGAUAUCAUAAGUCUUCAGGAGGUUGAAACAGAACAGUAUUACAGUUUCUUUCUGGUAGAACUGAAAGAACGUGGCUAUAAUGGAUUCUUUAGUCCUAAAUCUAGAGCUAGGACAAUGUCAGAACAAGAAAGAAAGCAUGUUGAUGGCUGUGCAAUAUUCUUCAAGACAGAAAAAUUUACUUUGGUUCAGAAACACACUGUUGAAUUUAAUCAGCUAGCAAUGGCAAAUUCAGAAGGGUCUGAAGCUAUGCUGAACAGAGUUAUGACAAAAGAUAACAUUGGAGUUGCAGUACUACUAGAACUUCGAAAGGAAUUGAUUGAAAAGUCAUCUAAUACAGCGGGAAAGCCACAUCUUGGAACAGAAAAACAACUUAUUCUCGUGGCUAAUGCUCAUAUGCAUUGGGACCCUGAGUACUCUGAUGUGAAGUUAGUUCAAACGAUGAUGUUUCUCUCAGAAGUGAAGAACAUUAUUGAUGAAGCCUCACGAAGCCUCCACUCGAGUGCAUUGGGAGAAUUGGGAAAUAUUCCACUGGUGUUGUGUGCAGAUCUUAAUUCUUUGCCAGACUCUGGUGUUGUAGAAUAUUUGAGCACUGGUGGAGUAGAAACAAAUCAUAAAGACUUUAAGGAACUGAGAUAUAACGAAAGUCUUACGAACUUUAGCUGUAAUGGGAAAAAUGGGACAACCAAUGGAAGGAUCACUCAUGGUUUCAAGUUAAAGAGUGCCUAUGAGAGUGGCCUGAUGCCUUACACCAAUUACACGUUUGAUUUCAAGGGUAUAAUUGACUACAUCUUCUAUUCUAAGCCUCAGCUGAACACAUUAGGCAUUCUGGGACCUCUGGACCACCAUUGGCUAGUUGAGAAUAAUAUCAGCGGCUGCCCACACCCACUCAUCCCCUCCGACCACUUCUCACUUUUUGCACAACUGGAGCUCUUACUGCCUUUCCUGCCCCAAGUUAACGGCAUUCACCUUCCUGGCAGGAGGUAGUCAAGUACCUUCAGAAGACGACCUCAAUGUCACUUGUAAACUUAUAAGAAAAUCUGAAUAUCGGGGAGUGAGAUAUGGCCAUUAGGGAUUUUUUUUUCUUAAUGAUGAUUUGAGUUUUCAAUCUGAUUAUUUGAUAAGGAUAUAGUGUGAAAGCCAGGUGCUAGCAACAGACAAAUUCUGAGCCCAAUAUGCUUUAUACACUGUUGGACAGGGAUUGGUGUGUUUGCACCUAUCUUUUAAUUUGUUACCAGUAAUUUUCCUGUUUCUUCUGUCCAAUAUAAUAUUUUCAUGCCUUGAAAUAGGAAAAUGUUUGAACAGCAUAUUCUCUUUGCACAGAAAUCAGUAGUACUACUUUUUUGAGGCCAGUAAUAACAUCCAGAGAACAUUCUUCCAUACUUGACUCCCUUCUUUUUCAGACAUAUUUGUAAAAUACAGAAUUUGAAUUUAGCCUUUAUGAUUGUAUAUGAUCCACAGAAGACCUGAUUUAUGAAAUUUUUUACUAAAAAAAUCAGAUUUGGAAAUGAUUGUAUUGUAAAUUAAGGCUGAAUUUUUGUUUUUGUGUGUGUUUUUUACACCGGUUUCAUGUGUUAUAAAGGCCAGCUUGUAAAAGAAGCUGCAACAGACUUUCUCUGCAGAGGAGUUGCGCUGUUAGGAUUUUCUUGGCUGUUUUGUGCUACUUUGUAAUUAAAUGGAGAACCUUACUCUUUAAACCUAUUUAAUGCUUAGGACAUUUUUUUCAUGAAUUCUGGGUUUUUACAAAAACUAUCUACCAGGACAGAUACGCUAAGCAGUGGUGAUCUGUAGGCAUUUAUGGACUGAAUGUAAUGAUAUAUGUACAUUCUGAUAUUUUUAAAUCUUUAACUUUUUUUAAGUUAAAAAAUUACAGCUGCUUGGGUACAGCUUUUUAACUCCCUUUUGAGACGCCUCCCGUCUAUCUCCACUGUGCCUGCCUCAGUUGUUCUCACCAAACACUGCCCGUGCAUGCAGAGAAAAUCUGUGCAUCUUCUUUUAUAGUUUUAAAUACUGUUGAACAUUUGUGAGGGUUUUAUGGACAUGCUUUUGUAUGAGCUGUGACUUUUUCCCAUUGUAAAGCAUUGAAUAUCACAUUUUGGACAAAGGGUGAAUCCCUGGGUCUUCGCUCACCAGACCCAAGCACUGCUUCUUGGUGUCAUUGCACAGUGCUGUCACCCAGGAUACUACUAUCAUGUGAAGUCUUUUUGUUUUCCAUGUAUUCCUUAGUCUCCAUGUUUUUCUUUUAAAAAAUCAUUCCUUUUUUUUUUUUUAAGUAAUUUUCCAUUUAUGAAACAGUAUAAAUGAGAUGUAUUUUCAAAACUGGUCCUUAAGACAAUUCUUCAGAUCAUUUUUGAAGUGACUAAGCUAUUUUAAUAUGUCAACCAAGGUAAAAGUUAUAUUGUACCGAGUAUUUGCCCAUAGUGCCGUUAGUAGAUAAGAGAUUAAAGCCAGCUUUAACUUUGCAAAGUUAACUCAUAUGUAUUCUGGUCUCAUUCAUUUAUUAUCAUCUCAAAACUAAAAUUAAUUCAGAGGGAACUUGGUCCAACUGCUUUUGUUUCAACUGCAGGCAAGGGAGGAAAAGAACACCAUGUGAGCAGUAGGGUGAAAAAUUGUUCGAUGAUAACAAUUUUUACACAGAGAAUGAGUCAUUUUGGAUGAUGGCUUAAAAUUUUAUGAAAAAAUGUUCAACACAUAAAUGUGCUUAUUCUGUUUUUAAGAGAAAAUAAAAUUUACACACUGCUUAAAUAAAUUUUUUUUUCUUUUAAAAAAAUUCUCCAAAAGCUGUUGGUUGAUCUUGAAUUUUUGUCUGGGACCUAGUUUCUUCUUUGAGGUUUUUUAAAGAUUUUGUUGUGAUGGAUUUUUUUAUUUUUAUUUUUUGUUUAAGUUGUGCUGACACCAAACAUUCAGUUUAUAAUCAAUACAUUGAAAAGUUGGUAUUAUUGAUGUAGAACCAAUGCAUAACUUUUUAUGGGGGUUUUGUUUUAUUUUUUUGUAAAGUGUGAAUAAAGGUGUGUUUACUCA